AUGUAUCCCUCCAGGAUACUGAGGGCGGCCCACAGCGGCCCCAAGCCCAACAUCACGGGCUUCGACACGCACGCCUUCAUCAAGGCGGCCAGCAAGCCCAGAUACGACCCAUGGGAGCGCGCCGAGACCUGGCGGUACAAGGGCCAGUUCAGCCGCUGGAACCGCUUCCGCGGGUCCUUCCCGGGCCUCGGCAUCGCCACCGUCGCCUUUGCCGCCUACUGCGCCUACGAGCACUUUGUCCUGGCCGACGACCACCACCACGCUGACGAGGGUCAUCAUUGA